AUGUUCUACUAUCCCAACGUGCUUCAGCGCCACACUGGCUGCUUUGCCACCAUCUGGCUGGCAGCGACGCGUGGCAGCCGGUUGGUGAAGCGCGAAUACUUGAAGGUGAACGUGGUGAAGACCUGCGAGGAAAUCAUCAAUUAUGUGCUGGUUCGAGUGCAACCCCCGCUGCCCGGCCUGCCGCGGCCCCGCUUCUCCCUCUAUCUCUCAGCCCAGCUCCAGAUCGGCGUGGUCCGGGUCUACUCUCAACAGUGCCAGUACCUCGUGGAGGACAUCCAGCACAUCCUGGAGCGCUUACAUCGGGCCCAGCUGCAGAUCCGCAUUGAUAUGGUGGAGCCUGAGCUACCCGGCCUGCUGCUUCCUAACCGCCUGGCCAUGAUGGAGACCCUGGAAAAUGCUCCAGACCCCUUUUUUGGGAUGAUGUCUGUGGAACCCAGACUUCCCAGUCCUUUUGAUAUCCCUCAGAUUCGACACCUCUUAGAGGCUGCAAUCCCAGAGAGAGUUCUUGAAGAGAUCCCUCCUGAAGUUCCUACAGAGCCCAGGGAGCCAGAGAGGAUUCCGGUCACUGUGGUGUCUCCUGAGGCCAUCACCCUCCGGGAGGCAGAGCCCAUAUGCAUUCUGGAGAUCGAGGGUGAACGGGAGCUCCCAGAGAUCAGCCGCCGAGAGUUAGACCUGCUGAUUGCGGAGGAAGAUGAAGCUAUCUUGUUAGAGGAAGGCAGGCCUCCCCGGCUUCGUAGGGCCCGCCCAGAGCUAGAAGGUCAGGUAGAGGUCCUAGGUCCUGAGGAGCUGAAGCUAAUAGGCUGGGAGCCCGGGGUCCCACUGGCUGAGGUGACUCCACCGCCAGAGCUGCGUCUGCCAGCCCCACCCAGCCCAGAGCUGAGGCCCCUAGUCCCCCCACCUCCUGAAAGACCACCAGCUCGUCGCCGCCGCCAAUUACUGUUCUGGGAUGAGGAAACUCAGAUCUCUCGAGAGAAAUUCCAGGAACAAUUGCAAACCAGAGCCCACUGCCGGGAGUGUCCAAUGGUGCAGCCUCCCGAGAGGACAAUCAUGAGCCCUGCGGAGUUAUUCCAAACCCCAACUCACACUGGCUGGCUACCCCCAGAACUACUGGCUUUGUGGAAGCACGGUGCCCUGCCACCUCCAAGCAUGCUCAGGCAAAGGCUGCUCCAGGAGGCUGAAGAGGCUGAGAGGGCGGCAGCUGCUGAGGAGGAAAGGAGAAAGGCUGAAACUCCAAGUGAGAUCGAGGUCCUGAGGGAGGCCCUGGAGCCCAGUGGUCCCCUCAUGGUGUCUGCAGAGAUCUCCCUAGAAGCAGCUGAAGAGGAGAAGUCCCGUAUCAGUCUCAUCCCACCAGAAGAACGGUGGGCCUGGGCUGAGGCAGAGCAGCCAGAGCCCCUUGCAUUGCCCGUGGUGCCUGAACUCCCUGAGGUGCCAAUGGAGAUGCCUUUGGAGCUACCCCUAGAGCCUGAGCUGCUCUCACCAGAGGCCGUGCACAGGGCAGUGGCCCUGGAGCUUCAGGCCAACAGGGAGCCUGACUUCAGCAGCCUAGUGCCACCUCUCAGCCCACGCAGGAUGGCUGCCCGGGUCUUCUACCUGCUCCUGGUGCUCUCAGCGCAGAAGAUCCUUCGAGUGGAACAAGAGAAACCAUACGGGCGCCUCCUGAUCCGGCCAGGGCCCAGAUUCCACCAAGAUUAG